GUGGUAGUAGUGGACUUGGUAAAGAAAUCGCCAAGCUAAUGGCUUCAAAAGGAGCGCAUGUCACGAUUUGUGCUAUUAAUAACUUGGAUAGCGCACUUGAAGAAAUCAAAAAGGCAAAUAAACAUUUAAGAAUGACACACUGA